GGUUGGGCGGGGCUCAGCGACGGGAGCACUUGAAGCUGAAGGAGAGCUUGCAGAAGUAGACGUAGGCAAGAAGAUGGAGGAACAGGAAGGCAAGAGCAACUUGGACCCGCCACCUGCGGUAGAAUGGCCGAUGAAGGCGUGCCACCAUGCUCGGGUGUGGGGGGCGAUUGGCUGCCGGGGUUCUGCCGAUUGUUGCCUGUGUUAGGCCUCAGAUCACGACUAGGACAGACUCCGUGUGGAGAAGCAACGAAGCCAAGAAGACGAACGCAACCUUGACCACCCUUGUCCACAUUUCUAUUACUGUGUCCACACGCAUCUGGAUAUCGACAAUAAAAUUCAUAUUCCUCAUUUCUAAGAAGAAGAGUCCUCCAAAACCUAACAGCGUCUUCACCAUGGCCGUCCCGACGCGAGACACACUCCAUUUCUCCCCAUCUUCAAGCAACCAAAUCGACCCCUACCUCCCCAAUACCAAACCCACACCACACGGCAAACCCUAUGUUACCCUGACCUUCGCUACAUCCCUCGACAGCCAGCUCUCCCUCGCCCCAGGCGUGCAGACCGCUCUCUCGGGCCCCGAAUCAAAAGCCAUGACCCACUACCUGCGCUCCAAGCACGACGCCAUCCUGAUCGGCGUCGGCACCGCCGAAGCAGACAAUCCGUCUCUGAACUGCCGGAUAGCUGGCGUGGGCGGGUACGGCGGAGAGGGGUUGGACGGGCAGCCCAGGCCAGUUGUUAUUGAUCCGAGGGGGCGGUGGCGGUUUACUGCGGAGAGCAAGGUAUUGAGGCUUGCGCGGGAGGGGAAGGGCAGGGCGCCGUGGGUGUUCACGAGGGCGCCGCUUGACGAGGAGAGGACAGCGUUGCUGGAGAGUGUUGGAGGGCGGGUUGUAGUGGCUGAUGGGCAGGAUGGGGCUGAGUGGCGGAUUUCGUGGAAGUAUGUACUGGAUGUGCUUGGCAGUUGGGAUAUAGGCAGUGUGAUGAUUGAGGGCGGUGGGGCGGUUAUCAACGACCUCUUGGCGCCUGAGAAUAUUGAUCUCGUUGAUGCGGUCAUUGUCACGAUCGCGCCGACGUGGUUGGGCAAGGGAGGCGUGCAGGUGUGUCCAGACGCACGAGUGGAUGGGGGCACAAGACUGCCUGUAGCGAGGUUGACGAACGUAAAGUGGAUACCGCUGGGAGAUGAUGUGGUUUUGUGCGGUAGCCCAUCAUGAUACAAGGUA